UGUGUUUGGCGUGUUGCUGUUUAAACUGUUCGCGUUUUUAAAAGUUUUUCUUUCUACUUGGAAAGUGUUGGGAGGAAAAAUAUCGUGAUGGACGAAGAAAAUCGAGCAGCGGCUUCGAACUGGAUCACUCAGCAUCCCGUGUACCAGAACCUGAUGAAUCUGGGUGUAGACGACAGCGCGCAGGUUUACGGAGCGUUCCUGGUUUACCUCGACCUGACAGAAGUGCGGCGUUGGACAGGCGUAGUCCCAGUGCCGUACCCUGAACUGAAGGCUGUUCUGCUGGAAGGCCGUGAAAAAGAUGGCGAGGUGGUUCAGGUGGUUUAUCCACUUCCUGCUCACAGAAGCGUCAGUCACAGAGAUUUGAGGUGCAUUGUGGGUCGUGGAACUCCCAUGCUCCUUUGCGCCGUGGCGUCGGACUCCACGCUGGUGUAUCAGCGGCUGAGCGACGGCCUGGUGACCCCUGACCCCCCUGUGGACAUCAAAGACCUGGGACGCCGACAACACCGCAAACGCAGACUCCAAACGUGAAAAAAAAAAAAAACGCUGGUCUCGAGUUUGUUAAAGGGCUGAAAUUAGCGCUGGGGUCUCACACGGGUAAGUAACGAAACGUUCAGCGUGUAAAUCAAAACGUGUGAUGUAGCUUUAGUUUCUCUGAAAUUUAGGACUUCUGUAAUCAAUCAGCUGUACACGGGGUGUGUGUGUGUUGGUUCUGUGUAAUCAGUCAGGCUCGAGCGAGCUUCCUGUAAAACUGAGAGAAACACGAGUGUUUACCGUCUUUAGUGUUUACUGUCUUUAGUAGAAAUACUUUUAAAGCUCUGUAAGAUGUAUUUCAUCCAGAAGGAGACACAGUGAGGAAGCUAGCCAUGUUCUCACUCGUUCUCGCACUCAGAGGCAUGUGCCGAUAUUAAAGUUACACCACGCGAUAACUGCCUAACGGUUUCAUAUUACCAUUAAGACCACUACUAUACUUUUAUCAAUCAUCACUAGAACUACGCAGCUGCCUUUAACUCUGACCGAUGUGAUGUAAUGUUAGCGUAAGAUUCUGUCAUUUCUUGACUUUUGGUUUGUGUGUGUCAAUUAUUUUAUCUUUAAAAUAUGUGAAACCUUUAAUAAACUCAUGUCUAGCUGAUAUUAGAGAAUAUGGCCAAACAAAGCUAGCUUAGCUAACAUUAGAGAGUAUGGACAAACAAAGCUAGCUUAGCUAACAUUAAAAAAUAUACACAAAGCUAUAUUACAUUUAAUAAUAAUAUCCCACAGCAAAGGUAUUUAGCCCAUUUUAAAGGAUAUCACUAAAGAAAAUGCGAAAACAUGACUCAAAAAAUCUAGUAAGCUAGCUAGCAUUAGAACAUAUGACUAAACAAAACUAGCUAGUUUGUGAAUAGCUCGUUUUGUCAUUUUAUGGUGUCCACGUCUGACUUUAUCAUCCAUGGCCAGAAAAAAAACUUGGACAUUUGGUUUCUGUAUAUUAAUUAUUUUGUUCUUUAGCUAUGUGAAACACUAACUAAGCUUUUGUCUAGCUAAUGUUUGAUAAUAGUCAAAUAAAGCUAGCCACCCAAAGGUGGUUUGAGAACAUGUCUUAAAAAACAAAAAUCUAGCAAAAGCUAGUACUAGAGAAUAUUCCCAAACAAACAACUAGCUUACAUUUAAUAAUCCCACAACAAAGCUGUUUAGCUAAUCCUACAGGAUGUUGCCAAAGUCGGGUAGCUAACGAGAGAAAAUUCUAGCCAAUGUUAGCAAAUACCCUCAAACAAAGGCAGGGAAGCUACCCAGUUUAAAUUAAAGUAGCAAAAGUUAGCAUUCCACAAUAAUGCUAGCUAGCUAACAUUUAGGAAAAUACUAUAACAACAUUAGCUAGCUUAGUAACGUUAGGAAAUAUUAUGCUUGUUUGUGCAGAUUGUGUGUAAAGCUAGCUACAAUUCACUGAGAGAAAAGACGGGUUUAUUCAUUUAUUAUAAAAAGUUUUAUUAUUAUUUGUUGGGGGGUUUUGGGACAGGGUUGGAACUGAGCGCUUUUCUGCUAUGAUGCACAGAAAACCGUAUCAUCCUUUGUUUUAUUUUAUGCCAUUUUUAUACUGUUGUAGACGUGAUUAUGAUUUAUCAGCACAUGCCUGCUGAUCGUGGCGAGCUACAAACACGAAACUGCCGUCAAGCAACUCGAGUCUGUUAGGCUGCUUUCACACUUAGUGUUUAUUCCAGUAUAUGUAUUACACAUUUUUCUUUUUUAACCUCCCGACCAAUCAGGUCGCAAGUUAGGGGGAUAGCGAGAAAAACAAAACAUGGCGGUGGAGAUUUACGACAUGUUGAAUGGAAAAUUUUCAAAUGUUGCAAUGCAACGUGAUAAUCUAGAGCGCAAGCUAGGCUAGUUAGCCGAUACUAGCUGGGACUGGGAAGUGUGUUGCUAUGGUUACAAUUUUGUUCCCCCCACAUUGGCACAAAAGGUGCUCCAGUUAGUGAAUUUUACAGGGGGAAAAAACAGCUGGUGUGAAAGCAGCCUUCAACCAUGUUGUGUUUAAAAUAUUGCAAUGUCGAAAGUGUGCGAUUGCUGUACGAUGUUUGAAACGCAAUGAACAAUGAAACAUCCUCCUCUGACACUCACAGUCCUGAGUGAGGUUACACUCUAAAAAUGUCUGAAGAGUUUUAAAAAAAAAAAAUAGAAAAACAAAAAACAUAACACUUACAGACUUAAUGGUGAGAAAAAUACUUUUCCAACACACACAUACGUAUAUAUAUAUAUAAAAUGCCUGGAAUGUGUGGGAUGGAAUUAAAUUUGUCCUUUGUUUUGUUUCUUUCGACAUGAUGAUCUGCAACUUCACGGGACGUCUCGUCUCCAAGGAAGAAGAACAAAAAGAAGAAGCAAAAUGUCCAACAAAUGUUUCAUUCUGCACGUGCAAGAGAUGUAAAGCCACCGAGAGGACGUGACACAUCCUUUUUUUAAACAAAAAAAAAAGUCCAGGACAGUGUUAUGUUCAUGGCUCUUUCUCAAAAAUGUUGAGAAACACAAGAGAAAGGCUUAGUGUAAGGCAAGGGCACUGUAUCAACGAAGAUGCCAGACGUCUGUCCCACGUCCCCUUUUCUCCUCCCCUCCAGACGUCUUUCCGCGGUCGGAGCGGAGCGCUGAUCGCUGAAUGUAAACAGGAGGGCUCGAUGGUGGUGGGGGUAAACUCGCUCAGCGCUCAGAGGAGGGGAAAAGGAGACGAGGGAAGGAGUGAUCAUCUCGAGGAGGAGUAGAGGUAAAACAGUGUCAGGUUAUGUCACGUCCUCCUCCUCCGAACAGUAGUCACGUCCCUGAAGGAGAGGGGAAAAAAAAAAAAAAACACCAAACUUAUUACGUUUACUUCUUUACCUUUGUACUGGAGCUAUAACGUUAAUGUAGCUAACGUAAUAAAAAAAAAAAAGAAAAUCUAGCACUGAAGCCUGUUUUAUACUUGCUGUUAACUGAGCGUUAACUGCAAGAUGGCCGCCGAGUGUCCUGUUGUCAUUUGGUGCGUCACUUGUGCACUUCCUCCGAAAUGAACGUGGCAUGUCCAUGUGGCGCAAUACCAACGUAAACAGUGGAGGCAGCACAGCACAAUUUAACACUGCGUCCGGUACUGAGUAAACAAACUAGCAUCAUGUUUUGAUUACCACUCUUCUGGAUUUUCGAGAUUAGUAAAUAUUUUUGAAUGUAUGGUGAGGGUUUUUGAUUUGAGACAACGAUCAUGACAACAAUCACAAUGAUAGCAGAACGUUUUAGAGAGCGAUAGAGCUUGUGUGUGUUUAAUGUUGAAAUCGGUAAACAUUAAAGUUCGACUUGGCGACCUGACGGACAGCGUUAUGGCUCUGAUGUGCUAGCUAGCGGACACAUUUGAUCCUCCAGAUGUAUACGAGAUACGUAAGCGAGUAUGUGAACAGUGACACUCGCUAAGCAGCUGCAUUCACUCACAUACACGUGGUGAAACUUAAGUGAAUUUGCACCACAAGAUCACGCAACCAAGCGACGUGACCGGUCACCGUUGCUAGUCUAAUCUGUUGACGAAGCUAGCAUGAAACCAAGCAAGUAACAUGUAAACCAAACAACCAAUUUCCCCUUGGAUUAGUGCGUUACUUCAUGUGUUUAACUAGUUAGCUUUAGAAGGGAUAUAUACCUACUACUGUUUCUCAUCUGAACUUUAAACAAUUUUGGACAGUCCAUGCCCACUAGUGACUUCUUGUGAAUGUAGGGUUCGUCUUUGAACUUUAUCUUCAUCCAAAACACUUCUUCUAUGCGACUCUGCCUUCCGGAUUUAGGCCACACCCCCUACCCGAGUUUUAUGCUGGUGUUGAGGAAGGAAGAGAUGGUUCUACGACUGUUUAUGUUUUUGUUUCGCACCGCGGGAACCUUUUCAUAGUACCUGAACUAAUUGUAGAACUACCCACUUUUUGGUGUUUUCACGCCUCCGGAACUGGGUGCGAUUUUAGUACCGGACUGCCUUUUUCAAGAACCAAAUUAGCUCCUACUCCGGAGCAGGGUCUAACCAGCACAACUUCAACUAUCCGUGACGUAAGUAGACGUUGAUUGGCCAAACGCGUACGAAAAACGCCCUCACCCGCCAUGAUUUAAAACGCCGCGUAAACAUACUGUUCUUUCAAUCACUUUAUGUAUACGUCGACAUUCCAUGUCCAUUAUUGUGAAACCUGCGACACAAAACAAAAACACGGCUCCGAUCACAGCGUCCUCCAUCCUCCGGUUGUUUCCGUUGUUGUUCUUUGUUUCCGUUGUUGAACGCAGCGCACAAAUGACGUCGCUGUCGACCAGCUUACGUCACUUCCUAGUGCCCACUGUCGCUGCGAAUGCAACCCUUUAAACGGUACUGGGAAAUAAUUCGUGCAAAAACGCCCAGUACUUUAGUACAGUAACUUUAGUUCUGGAACUAAAGUGGUGCGAAAGGCCCUAUAGUGUUAGAAACCACAUCAGCAACACUUUUGAGAUGCCACUGCUAAACUGGUGUUUGUUAGCUUCUGUUACUUGUUAGCUACAUUAAUUUGUCAUAGCUCUACUAAGGACAGAAAACAUGUCUCGACUGCGUACGAGGAAGGUGGUGAGCUUAUGAGACGUCUCACCUUUUCGAUCUUCUCGUCCAACAUCCUGAAGAACUCCUGCUGGCUCUCUGAUGAGUGGAUGCUAAUCAAAGAGAAAUCGGAUAAUCAGUAAGAAAAUAAACGAGUGUUAUAAAUGAGCCACAGCAACAAACAGCAUGACGUUUUAUUACACUCAGUGCAGAUACUCACCUUAUUUUAUUAGUGUUGCCGCUGGCCUCUUUAUGUUUGCCCUUGUGCAAAAAUGUGCUCUUCUCCUGAAAACAACAACAAUAAUACACUUCACUAAAAAAAAAAAAAAAAAAUCUUCAAAGCAUGAAAUGAAAAUGAAAAACACUGCAUUUACACUGUCAGUCACAUGAUCCGACACAGCGGCCAGAACUUGGGAAGAAAGGCAUUUAGUGGUGUGAAGUGGGCGGGACUUUAACGAUAUGCAGAUGUGGCAUCUACCAACAGGUCUGACAUUAGCUCUAUUCAAAAUGGAUUAGUUUAUCAGCACAACAAUUUUCUAGCAGGUUGUGUUUCCUACAAACCCGGAUGUUUGCGUCACGUGGUCACAUGAUCACGCUCCAUUCACAACAUGGUCGCAACACCAAACCAAAGUUCCAGCAGCAAUUUGUAAAACACAAUUCAUAAUCACAAAAUAUAAAAAAAUCAUCCAUUUUUCAUUUCACGACUCGGGAAGUAUGUAAGAUCUGGAAGAAGGGCACUGAUAUGCGUGAUACGAGACUACAUUCAACAAGCAGCAGCAGCCAAACUUCUUUUUUUCCCCCAACAUGAGCAGACAUCUGCGUAGAAAAUCACUGCUGUUUAUCUGGACUAAAAUGAUCAGACGAGCGCUGGAAAAAUUUUUUGGAGAAAAACAUUUGGUAACUCAGCCUGUAAUUUCCUCAGAGGAGGACGAAGUAAAACACCAACGUGGCUGAGCUGGAUGCAAAUCAAAUCACAGAGUAGCUCCUGUGAAAUCUGCAUUUACUCCAGGACCUCAUGUACAUUUAACCCCGUCUGAAUAGGGCUUUACUCGACAUUCUCCUUCCUGGAGACUCGCUGCAGUGCUACGUGUUUAAAGUGUUUAAAAUUGACCUGAAACACAACAGCACCAGUGGUUUUGUUGUUAACAGAUGGCAGCGAUCAUUGUGUCCGACUCAUUCCCACUUGUUAUUUAAUAAAGAAAUACGUAUAAUUGUUGAUACCAUUAA